AUAUAGGGCACGGUAAGCACAAGCCAAACCCCAAAUAAGUUGUACCUCCUUAGAUUUAUGUAAGCCGCAUAGUCCCUGACUCAAAUACUGGCUUAGUUUCUCAGGAUCCCACAGUGUCAUGGGAUUUUACUCUUGAACACCUGUGGGAUCCUGAGAAACUAAGCCAGUAUUUGAGUCAGGGACUAUGCGGCUUACAUAAAUCUAAGGAGGUACAACUUAUUUGGGGUUUGGCUUGUGCUUACCGUGCCCUAUAUAAUACCAUUCUGGAGAGAGAGAGUUUCCGAGCUGAGGUUCAAGCCAAAGGGGAAAAUCCCCAAGUCAAAUCUAAUCAAUCACGGGAGACACCAGUAACAAUACCAGUUGCUCCUGUGGAGGGCAAGAAAUGGAAACGAGUGUCUUCGCGUCUUGAACGAAAAAGAGAAGAAGAGGAGGAGGAGGAGGAAGAUCCAGGCGAGGGGCCCUCCUCAGAACCACCACCAUCGCGAAAGGCAAAAGCGAAAACUAAGAGACAUGCAGAAGAGAGUGAUGAAGAGGAAGUCUCUAUUACUACUCGCCGGCCUCUAAAGAUGACUGAAAUCCAAGGUUCAAGAAAGGAGUUCACACGGCGCCUGAAUGAAAGUAUUGUUUCCUGGUUGGUUCGCUGUUGGGACAGUGGGGCCCAUAGCUUGUCUCUGGAUGGUAAUGAAGCUCGCCAACUAGGUGCCAUUGCCAGAGAUCCAGCUAUUGAUAGAGGAAUUAGUCGAUGUUCGGAUGAGGCUGCCUCCCUCUGGGAGCGAGUGUUAACAGCUGUGAAGGAAAAGUAUCCCUUCAAAAAUAGCUUGAAGAUUUCAAUGAAAAAAUGGGAUACAGUUGAAAAGGAUAUCCAGUAUUUGAGGGAAAUAGGCGUGGUGGAAAUGUUGUAUGACCCUGACUUUGUUCCUAACCACCCACAACAAAACCGCGACCCUGAAAGAGUGAGGACAACGCCUGAGAUAUGGCAGAAAAUCGUGACAACAGCGCCGGACAAAUAUGCCGCUACACUAACAUCAGCGUGUGACAGAUACCAGGAACAACAGAGAACGCCCUUAGUUUAUGAAUUAAUUGUUACGCUCCAAAACUACGAACAAUUGCUGUCCCCAAUUCAUUCUGCCGUUGCUGCAAUAUCAAGAAUGACGGAGCAAGUGUCUCAACUGAUUAACCGUGACAAACCUGUAGCAGUAUCAGAGACGCUUGAUGAAGAUCAGGAUAAUCAAACAAGUCUAGCGAAGGAUGUGAAGGAGAUGAAGGAGACGAUGAGACUUCUGCGAGCCCACCUAACUAAAGACGAUGAACCUUCCUUCUUACGUGCACGAUCAAAAAUCUCAGCUGUUAGAGGCAGACGCUCUCCGGCUCAAGUAAGGAAUAAUACACCGCGAGUUACCUUAUGGUAUUACCUACGUGACCAUGGAGAAGACAUGGGGAAGUGGCACGGUCAACCUACUCCUGUACUACGAGCCCGGGUGAAAGAAUUACAAAGCAGAUCAACCACCAGUGCAGUUGCUCCAGUUACCACAGGUAAUGAAUAGAGGGGCCCUGCCCUCAGUCAGGAGGGGGAAAGGGAUAAUAGAGUAUAUUGGACUGUGUGGAUUCGAUGGCCUGGCACAUCAGAACC